AUGGCUAUCAAUAAUGGUAUGGUUGUUCACUUUAGAGUUAACUGUGAAUUUGUUUUUCAAGGAUGGUCCACAACUGCUGAUGAAACAGGACUAUUCUUCUUUGGAUGUCUCAUUGUAAUGUUUUAUUGUAUGCUUCAUAUGAAUCUAUACACUGUUAAGUUAAUUUUACCAAAAAAUCUGAUUGUCGAUAUCUGUUGGUAUUUGGUUUAUGCACUCUCAGGAAUUAUGGUUAUGUAAUUGAUAAUGACGAUGAAUGGAUGGGUGAACGUUGCUGUAGUUAUAGGAAGCACCAUAGGAUACUCAAUAUAGGAAUCUUGGUCAUAAAUUUAUGAGAAAGAAAAUCAAGCUCCUCCAGGUGGAUGUGAAUUUUGUAAUUGA